AUGAAUAAAAGAUCAAACUUACCUUAUACCACACAAGAUUUAUUUGCCCAACCCCCACCGACUCCAGGAUCUUCAAGAACAAGACCUGGAUCUAUUUCGGGAUCCAUUGGAUCAAAUGCUUCCAAUGGACAUUAUGAAGCCCCAAGUUUCGCCAAUUCUAAUACGUCAACCUUACGUUCACUUCAAAAGAUGUUAAAGAGAGUUUUCAAACCAACAACUUUAGAUUUUGAAACAGCUAUGUGGGAAAUAUUCAAUUUGAUCAUAAAUCCCAAGAAAAUGUAUAGAUCACAAUAUUAUUAUAAACAGUAUCAAAAUGGUAAAACUAGUUUUGCUAGAGAUGAUCCUUCAUUUAUCAUAUUAUUAACAACCUUCUUAUCAAUGAGUGCAAUUGCUUGGGGUUUAGCUUAUUCUCCUCAUAUCCUAGAUAUUUUCAAACUUAUAAUUUAUAUGGUAUUUGUGGAUUUUUAUAUCACCGGAGUUAUAAUCUCAACUAUAAGUUGGUUAGUUACCAAUAGAAUUUUCAAUAAAACUUGGGGUGCUAACAGAUAUAAUGUCAAUUAUAUUGAAUGGGGAUUUUGUUUUGACAUUCAUUGUAAUUCAUUCUUAAUUAUUUGGUGUCUUUUAUAUUUGGUUCAAUUUUUCUUAUUACCAUUAAUAACGAUAAAGAAUUCAUUCUUUUCAUUAUUAUUAGGGAACACCCUUUAUUUCGUUUCCAUUGGUUAUUACUUCGUCAUAACAUUUUAUGGAUUUAAUUCAUUAACCAUAGUAAAUCAACCUACAACUACUAAAGUAUGGGAUAAUCCAAGUAGAUUAUUACAAGUGAUAAUAAUCGCCGGUAUUUUACCAAUAUUAGCAUUAAUCUGGAUAAUAACGUUAAUAGCUAGAGUUAAUGUGGCAUAUUUUAUGAUCGAUACUUAUUUCAACUAG